ACCAAUACAAAAAGGUUUAAUGCAUAUAUUAUAGUUGAUCUGUAUACCAGUGUUGGUUGUGACAUCAAGAGGACACGGUAUACUAAGGAAAUUUCUGGGACCCACGUUUAUUAUGCAUGUAACAUUUCAGCUCUGCAGUGUCAUGGAUUGUAUGAGAAGCGUCGGGAGGAGCAGGAGCGCCGUGCUAGGCGAGGCGACACCGACCCUCGUUAUGAGUACAUCUUCCAGGUGCUGUCGGCGUGCACGGGCCUCGCCAAGCACCAGGUUAUGGAUCACGUCUUUGAGGAGAAUUUGCUUGAAGAAAUCAGCAAGUUCUUGAUGCCGGGUCAGUACAACAAUAUGAUCUGGUUUUAUCAAGAGAGCGAAGAAACUCCGGACGUCAGCUUGGUUGAGGAAGAGGUCAAUGAAGACAAACCCCCGCCCUCACCCCUCCUGCCUCAGCCGACGACUGAAGCCUCCCGCCGCAGCAGCACGGUGAGCGGGCCGCCCGACCGCCAGGACUCGCGGAGGAACUCGACGGCCACAGACCAGACUGACGAAGGAGAGGCAGCCGAAUCUGAGCCGUCUCGUCACAUGCGGCUUUUCCUCGCCAAGCCGGGAACCACUCCGCUGACCGGCGUGUGCGUGUGUAUGGUGAGGACGAACCCGCAGAGGAAGAUCGUAGAUUAUGAGGUGAACUUCCUUCUGAUCAAGACCGGCGACGACCCGGCCAUCCUGCUUCGCUCGGUACAGAAGCUCCUGAGUAAGAUCUUCGUGCCGGCGGUCAGGGUCAAUCCGUCUGACCUCGACACCUCGGCCAGCGGGGUCAGUGCCAGGGACCACCUCCUGGCUGGGCUCAGGUCAUUCGCUUCUUGUCUUCAUGUGUCAAAAUCCAUCAUGGCGGAGCGAGUGGUCUUGGCGCCACCUGAGGAGAGGUUAGACGAAGUGAGGACACUCUCGGACGCCCAGAUGGUCCUCACUCAGCCAGACCAAGUGCAGGCCAUCGAGAGGACGGUGCUUAUGUGGCUCAAGCAGAUAGAAUCGGUCCUGAUCGAGAUGGAGCAGCUGCGGCAGGAGACAGACGACGCGGGCCCUCAGGACGAGCUGGAGUACUGGAAGCGAAGGAUGGCCAAGUUCAAGUACCUGUCGGAGGAAAUGGAAACGCCACAGGUACGAGGGUCCGUCCUAGUGCUUCAGCUCGCGAGAUCCAAGGUGCUCAAGGCCUGGAAAGAGACAGAUGCCAGAGUGACCCAAAAUUUAGCCGAAGCCAAAGACAACGUCAAGUUUGUCUAUGCUAUUGAGGAGUAUUGCCACCCGCUGUAUCUUCAUGAUCCGCCUGGGAUGACGCCUUACAUAAUGAUGCUCUUCAACACAGUCAGAAUGAUACACUCGAUCUCAAGGUACUACAACACGUCCGAGAAACUGUCAGCUCUUUUGAUUAAGAUCACGAACCAGAUGAUAAGGUCAUGUCAAGUCUACGUGUCAUGUCAAGGCCUCGAGACGAUCUGGUCCCAGCCGCGCAAGGACGUACGGGAGAAGAUCCAACACUGUUUGAAACUUAGCGCCACUUAUCGGAAUGCUUACCAAAAGACUAAGGAAAAACUGGAAUCCAUCCCUGGCGAGAAGCCGUUCAGCUUCAGCGAGCAAUACGUCUUCGGCAAGUUUGAAGCCUUCUGCUGCCGCCUCACCAACAUCCUGGGCCUUUUCGACGACAUUGACAAAUUCUCUGCAUUCUUCGAGGGACGAGCUGAGUCCUUGCUUCCUAUGGAGACCGGCCUUCGCGAUAUCCUGAAGUCGUGGCAGGAGAUGUGCACGGAGAUCUCGCGAAAACCCUACGACUACCUGGACUACCGAGACCAUCGCUUCGACAACGACCUGGAGGUUUUUGCGGCCAGCGUGAGGGAACUCCUUCGCAGGAUACACACGAUGGUCGAGAAGGAACACGAGGAGAUAUGGGAGACGCCCAUGGCUAAUAAGAUGCUCGCUAGGUUUGAAAGAAUAGCAGAGGUGGUUCCUAACUUGGACGUGGAAGGAAAACUGAAACGAAUUCUAGCGCGCUUCCACCAAGAGCUCGAGAAAGUGACGCGAAUGUACAACAAACAGUGUGAAAAUCCCCCGCAGCUCAGAGGCCUCCCACCUGUAGCAGGAAAAAUCCAGUGGGCCCGGAGUUUGUUCCUCCACCUCGAGGAGCCGAUGAUGUUCUUCAAGGACCACCCGGUGCUCCUGAAGCUCCCCGAAGGCAAAGAGGCCGUCAGGAAGUACAACCGCAUCGGCAGGACCCUCGUUCAGUACGAGCUCGCUUACUACGAUGCGUGGAGGAAGCAGAGUAUCAGCGACAUCCAAAAGUCCCUCCGAUGCACUCUCGUCGUCCAGCGUCCAGACACCGAGGAACUCUACGUCAACUGGGACCCGAGAAUCUCCACGCUGCUGCACGAGGCGACGAAGAUCCAGCAGCUGGGAUUCGAGGUUCCUUACAUGACUCAGCUGCUCUUAAACAGGGCCCCUCUCCUCCUUAAGAAGCGAGAUAUGGUGAAGCACCUUCUGGACGAACAUGAACGCGUGCUGUCAAAAGUGAACCCGACCGUGGCUCCUCUGCUGGUACCUCACGUCACGAAGCUGAAAGAAGCACUCGAUCCCCUUCUCACGACGCUCACUUGGUCGUCUAUACAAGCUCAUAGUUUCUUCGAACAGGGAUUUGCGGCGAUACAAACCUUUCAGAUACUUAUUGACAGGGUCAAUGACAUCCUCCAACACCGCAUGGAGGGUGUGCUGGCUGCCAUGACUGGAGUUCGUCUUUACAUCCUCCCAGACACGAGUCCCUGGACCUUAGAUCUGUUCGUUCAUAAUACUUGGCUCACCUGUUGUCAAGCCGCCCAGAACCACUCCCAGGAUAACAUUACUUUAGACAGGAUAUUUGGGUACGACGGGAGGUAUCAUGAUGGUCACUUGAGCACGCAGUUCUUGUUCCCCUUGGAGUUAAACAGCCGAAGCAGAGUGGUCGAAGACGCUGUGCUGGAGUUGAUCGACCUCGUCCUGAUGGGGGUCGAGAGCGGAACUGAAGGUCAAGGUCAGCACACGUUCCUCACCAUUGAUGAUCUUGAGGAUGCUGGUGACCUUGAUGAUUCGCGGUCAGUGUCAUCCGCGGGGGGGUCAUCGCGCAGGAGCCCCGUCCCUGUGGCCGAAGGAGGCUUUUCGUCCGUGCUCGAGCUGCCCACGAGGCCUCUCACGCCCCGGGAGAAGGCAGCGCGGAAGAAGAAGGAAACCAGGGAGAAAGUGGAAGCAGCUGCGAGGGACUUACGUAAGACUUACCAUCGGCGCGUGCUGGACGUUCUGGUGAAGUCCGUUCGUGGUGCCCUGGACUCCAUACGAAAGCAUACGAGUGUGACGGCCAACCGCUCACAGGGCGAAAUGAGCAACCGCGGACACGCCGCAAGUGAGCUGGAAACCGGCCUGAACGUUCCUCUGGUGGAGCUAAGUGCGUCCCUGGUGUCCCCGGGUGUCCAGGUGUCCCCGAGCCUCGAGGAAGUGCAGGAAACCAUUAAUAAGGUGGCCAAAAUCAUCCUCUCGACGGCCAAAGGAGUCUCGCAGUGGGUUCGCUGUCGUAAGGAGGAUGCCGGGGAACCACAGCGCGCCGAACUGACUCCGUCCGCGCGCCGUCGGGCGUGGAGGAACCGCAGUGAUGUCAUGGAAGUCCCCGCGAUGUCCAAGAACUACUACACGCACGUCCUCGAGAGUAAAGAUGUCUCGAAGGUCAUGAGCCACAUGGCCAACUCGUUCCAGGCGACGAAGAACGAAGUCCACCACACAUUUGCCUCGUGGGACAGAUAUCACCAUCUGUGGCGAACGGAAAAGGAGCAGGCCAUCCGGGACUUUACGAGCCACUCCCCCUCGUUGCAGGAUUACGAUAAGAAACUCACGAGCUUCGUUAACUUGGAUAAGCAGAUACGCCUGGAGCCUGCUCGGUAUCGCGUGGGGGCGCUGGCUAUUAGCACGGACAACCUCAAGAGCGCCCUCGUGAAGGAAACCUCCCUAUGGGUCGACAAGUACGGUGAGUCCCUGAAGACGACCUACAUGAAGGAGAUGGAGCGCCUCUUCGCCCAGCUGAACGAGCUCUCCAGACGCCUCGAACGCCCUCUCAAGGACCUCGAUGACAUCAAGAGCGCCAUUGACAUCCUCAGGAAGACUCGUGACUUGGAACUUGAUAUGGAUGAUGCUAUUGAUCCGAUCGAGGAAUCCUUCGGCUUGCUAGUGAAGUACGAACUUGGACUGACCCAAGAAGAGGCCGAGCGAGUCGACAACUUGCGCUUCACUUGGCAGAAGGUUCUCGCUCAGGCUGUCGAAGUCCAGAACCUUCUGUCACGCGUCCAGCCCUACUUCAGGAACGAACUCAUCCACAACGUUGCACAAUUCAAGAAAGAUUGCAACAAGUUCGUCCACGACUAUCGAGCUCAGGGGCCGAUGGUGCCCGGACUGGACCCGCGUGACGCUUCCGACAGACUCAUUAUUUCUCAGAACCGCUUCGAUACCCUGUGGCGGAAGCAUUCCAGCUAUUCCGUGGGCGAGGAGCUGUUCCGUCUUCCUCGCUCAGAGUUCCCCGAAUUGGGACAGAUCCGCAAAGAACUCAACCUCCUCCAGAAGCUCUAUAAACUUUAUAAUGACGUCAUCGAUCGCGUGAGCUCUUAUUAUGACAUCCCUUGGGGCGAAGUCAACAUCGAGGAUAUCAAUAAUGAACUAAUGGAGUUCCAAAACAGAUGCCGAAAACUCCCGAAGGGCCUGAAGGAAUGGCCGGCCUUCAACACCCUCAAGAAGACCAUCGACGACUUCAACGACAUGUGUCCUCUCCUCGAACUCAUGUCCAACAAGGCCAUGAAACCGCGUCAUUGGCAGCGUAUCGCAGAAGUCAUCAGCAGGCCGCUGGAGGUGGACAGCGACAACUUCUGCCUCAGGAACAUCAUGGACACCCCGUUGCUGCAGUUCAAGGAGGAUAUCGAGGACAUUUGCAUAUCCGCCGUGAAAGAGAAGGACAUCGAAGCCAAGCUGAGAAUCGUGACCAACGAGUGGGCCGGACACGACCUCACUUUUUCGACCUUCAAGAACCGAGGGGAGCUGUUGCUGCGCGGGGACACCACGGCCGAGGUCAUCACGCAGCUGGAAGAUUCGCUCAUGAUCCUUGGCUCUCUGCUCUCGAACAGGUACAACGCCCCAUUCCGAAAGCAGAUCCAGAAAUGGGUGAGCGACCUGUCCAACACCAACGAGAUACUGGAGAGGUGGCUCUUCGUCCAGAAUCUGUGGGUGUAUCUCGAGGCCGUGUUUGUGGGCGGAGAUAUCGCCAAACAACUGCCAAAGGAAGCCAAGAGAUUUUACGUAAUUGACAAGAACUGGCAAAAGAUUAUGGCAAGAGCGCAUGACAACCCCAACGUAGUGACGUGUUGCGUGGGAGAUGACAUGCUAAAGCAGUUGUUGCCAUAUCUGCAAGACCAGCUAGAGGUUUGCCAGAAGAGCCUCUCGGGAUAUCUCGAGAAAAAACGGCUGAUGUUCCCGCGCUUUUUCUUCGUCUCGGAUCCCGCGCUGCUCGAGAUCCUCGGUCAGGCUUCGGACUCUCACACCAUCCAGGCGCAUCUUCUCUCCAUCUUCGACAACACGAAGACCGUCCGUUUCCAUGACCAGGAUUACGACCGAAUAGUUGCUAUUUCGUCGUCGGAGGGGGAGGUUGUGCAGCUUGAGAAGUCAAUCCGCGCCGAAGGAAGCGUGGAGCUGUGGCUGAUGAAGCUGCUGCAGAUGUCCCAGCAAUCUGUCCACGGGAUCAUCAGACAAGCCCAUCACGUGAUACAGGACCCGGAUCUAAAUGUCUUACGCUUUCUGGAGCAAUUUCCAGCUCAGGUCGGCAUCCUGGGUUUGCAAAUGAUCUGGACACGUGACUCGGAAAUGGCCCUGACGCAAGCACGAGCCGACCGCCGAGUCAUGCCGGAGAUGAACAACCGUUUCCUCGAUCUGCUCAACCUGCUCAUCAACCAGACGACCCGCGACCUGGAACCUGUGCAGAGGACGAAGUACGAGACACUCAUCACUAUUCACAUCCAUCAGAGGGACAUCUUCGACAGCAUGUGUCGAAACAACGUGCGUUCCGUGAUGGACUUCGAUUGGCUACGUCAGAGUCGCGUGUAUUUCAGGGAGGAUGUUGAUAAAACGAACAUUGUCCUCACUGACGUCACCUUCCUCUAUCAAAACGAGUUCGUGGGUUGUACGGAGCGACUCGUUAUCACCCCUUUGACAGACAGGUGCUACAUUACGCUGGCCCAGGCGCUGAGCAUGAGCAUGGGCGCCUGUCCCACGGGGCCGGCAGGAACGGGCAAGACGGAGACGACCAAGGACAUGGGAAAGACUCUCGGCAAGUAUGUAGUCGUCUUCAACUGCUCGGAUCAGAUGGACUACCGUGGCCUUGGAAGAAUCUAUAAAGGCCUAGCACAGUCGGGGUCAUGGGGUUGCUUCGACGAGUUCAACCGCAUCGCCCUUCCCGUCCUCUCCGUGGCCGCCCAGCAGAUCGCCGUCGUCCACGCCUGCAAGAAGGAGCGUCGGAAAAACUUCACUUUCACUGAUGGUGAUACUAUUAACAUGAAUCCUGAAUUCGGCAUUUUCCUCACCAUGAACCUGGGCUAUCACGGCAGGCAAGAACUCCCGGAGAACCUGAAGAUCCAGUUCCGAAACGUGGCCAUGAUGGUGCCCGACCGACAGAUCAUCAUCCGGGUGAAGCUCGCGUCCUGUGGCUUCCUGGAGAACAUCACCCUUGCGAGGAAGUUCUUCACGCUGUACAAGCUGUGCGAGGAACAGCUGACGAAGCAGGUCCACUAUGACUUCGGCCUGAGGAACAUCCUGUCUGUCCUUCGCACUCUUGGGGCAGCGAAGCGAGCCAAUGCUAAGGACUCCGAAUCUACCAUCGUCAUGAGGGUUCUCAGAGACAUGAAUUUAUCUAAACUUGUUGACGAAGACGAGCCGCUGUUUAUGUCGCUCAUCGAUGACCUGUUUCCGAGCAUGACGCAGGAGAAAGGUUAUUACAACCAGCUCACAACCACCAUCGCGGACCUCGUCUGUGAGCUCGGCUUGGUGAAUCACCCGCCGUGGCAGCUCAAGCUCAUUCAGCUCUACGAGACGCAGCGAGUCCGCCACGGCAUGAUGACGCUGGGUCCGAGCGGCGCCGGAAAGACCUCCUGUAUCCACGUCCUCAUGCGCGCCCUCACCAAGAUGGGCCAGCCGCACAGAGAGCUGCGGAUGAACCCGAAGGCGAUCACGUCGGCGCAGAUGUUCGGGCGACUGGACGUGGCGACGAACGACUGGACGGAUGGCAUCUUCUCGACCCUCUGGAGGAAGACCCUCAAGGCCAAGAAAGGAGAGCACAUCUGGCUGGUCCUCGAUGGCCCCGUCGACGCCAUAUGGAUCGAGAACCUGAAUUCCGUCCUGGAUGACAACAAGACCCUGACGCUGGCCAACGGUGACAGGAUCCCGAUGUCCCCGUGCUGCAAGGUCAUCUUCGAGCCGGCGAAUAUCGACAACGCGUCCCCGUCGACGGUGUCCAGGAAUGGCAUGGUCUACAUGAGUUCCUCCGGCUUGGACUGGGAGCCGCUUCUCCAGGCAUGGCUCCGGACACGCCCUCAUCACGAGCAUUCAGUCGUCACAGACCUGUUCUCGAAUAACUUCCUCAAAAUAUUCACUUGGGCCAAACAGAACCUCCAGCUGUGUCUGCCUGUUCUUCAAGUGAACGUUAUCUCUCAGGCCCUAAGUCUCUUGGAGGGCCAACUCCCCGACGUGGAAGAUCCGCUGGACGACCCCAUCCUCCGCCGCCGCCGCAGCAGUCGCCGCCGCUCCUCCGCCUGGGCUAGAAACACAGGCAUGGAGACCCCAGAGGACACUUCCAAUAGCUUCUCUCCCGUAGAGACUCCUCGGUCGCCUUUCUUCGACGACGAACCCCAAUCGACGACGAGGGUGCUAGAGGGUCUCCUGCCCGACGAGGAACAGGCGCAGAGCCACCACCGUCGAGACCCAGAUUCCGAAACCGAGGAAAUUCAGACUGAACAAGCGCCCAUUGAGGAGCACAUUCAACGGCUGUUUGUGUUCUCAAUCAUGUGGAGCAUUGGAGCAUUUAUGGAGUUGCCGGAUCGUGCCAAACUUGAGCAAUAUAUUCGCAAGGAGCAUCUGAGCCUGGACCUACCUGAAGGGAGAGGCCCUUCGGAUUCUAUUUUUAACUACAGAGUUGAUGAAAAUGGUUGGUGGCAGCACUGGGAAACUCGGGUCAGUGAGUACGUCUACCCCGACACUGGCACUCCCGAUUACACUUCGAUUCUCGUGCCUAAUGUCGACAACGUUAGGAUGGACUUCCUUAUACAUGUCGUGGCUCAGCAAGGAAAGGGCGUGUUAGUGAUCGGCGAGCCAGGUUCCGCCAAGACCGUCACCCUCAACGCCUUCAUGAAGAAAUACAAUCCCGAGGACCACCUUUGCCGCAACUUCAACUUCUCCUCGGCCUCCACACCUCUCUAUUUCCAGAGGACGAUCGAAAGCUACAUUGACAAGCGAAUGGGAAGCACCUACGGACCGCCAGCUGGCAAGAAAAUGACAGUAUUAAUUGAUGAUCUGAACAUGCCUCAUAUCAACAGCUGGGGAGACCAGCCGACCAAUGAGAUCGUGCGCCAGACCAUGGAGAUGGGCGGGUUCUACAGCCUUGAGAAACCGGGGGAUUUUAUUCACAUUGUGGACUUGCAGUUUUUGGCAGCUAUGGGACACCCAGGCGGCGGCAGAAACGACAUCCCCCCCCGCCUGAAACGCCACUUCUGCAUCUUCAACUCCACUAUUCCGUCGGAGUCAUCCAUCGACAAGAUCUUCGGAGUCAUCGCCCGGGGACACUUCAGCGCCAAGAGGGGCUUCAACCAGGAGAUCCGAGACAUGCUGGAGAAGGUCAUACCGCUCACGAGGAAGCUGUGGGCGCAUACGAAGAGUAAGCUUCUUCCAACGCCAGCCAAGUUCCAUUACGUUUUCAACCUCCGUGAUUUGUCGCGCAUCUGGCAGGGGAUGAUCGGUGCCACGUCCAACGUAAUAAGCACCAGUGACACUCUUUUGGCUCUCUGGCGCCACGAGUGCUGCAGGGUGAUAGCAGACCGCUUCACGACGCCCAAGGACGUGCGUUGGUUCGAGGACGCGAUGGUGGCGCUGGCGAAGCAGGAACUGGGACCGAGCCUGACCAAGAAGAUUGCUCAGACGCAUUACUUCGUCGAUUUCCUGAGAGACGCCCCAGAACCCACGGGCGACGAAGGGGAAGACCUGGACAUGGAGAUGCCGAAGGUUUACGAGCCCAUCCCGUCCUUCACCGCCCUCGAGCAGCGCCUCCAGAUGUUCCUGUCGCAGUACAACGAGAUCAUUCGCGGCGCUGGCAUGGACCUCGUGUUCUUCAAGGACGCUAUGAUCCACCUGACGAAGAUUUCCCGCAUCAUCCGAAACCCGGGAGGCAACGCUCUCCUUGUCGGCGUCGGAGGCUCGGGCAAGCAGUCACUCACGAAAUUGGCUUCUUUUAUCGCCGGCUAUAAAACUUUCCAAAUUACUCUCACAAGGUCUUACAAUACAACGAAUCUCCUGGAAGACUUAAAAGUUUUGUUCAGGACGUGUGGCAUCCAAGGCAAAGGCACCACUUUCAUUUUCACUGACCAGGAUGUGAAGGAAGAAGGCUUUUUGGAGUAUCUGAACAACGUCCUUUCGUCGGGCAUGGUGAGCAACCUGUUCAACCGCGACGAGCAGGACGAGAUCGUGAGCGAGCUGAUCCCCGUCAUGAAGAGGGAGCACCCACGCCGCCCACCCACGCCCGAGAACGUCAUGGAUUUCUUCAUCACGCGGACGAGGCAGAACCUACACGUUGUCUUGUGCUUUUCUCCGGUCGGAGAGAAAUUCCGGACCCGCGCGCUCAAGUUCCCAGGCCUGAUCAGCGGCUGCACCAUCGACUGGUUCCAGCCGUGGCCGAAGGAGGCGCUGGUGGCGGUGGCAUCGCACUUCCUCGAGGACUACGAGAUCAUCUGCUCGGACGACACGAAGAGCAGUCUGGUCAAGAGCAUGGGCUCCAUCCAUGACAACGUGGCGCAGCUGUGCUCGGAUUACUUUCUGAGAUACCGCCGCGCAGCUCACGUCACCCCGAAGUCCUUCCUGUCCUUCAUCAGCAUCUACAAGAAAAUCUACAACGAAAAACGCGAAGACAUCGGGGACUCCGCGGCAAGGAUGACCUCCGGCUUGGACAAACUGCACGAGGCCUCCCAGGCGGUGCAGAGACUCAGGGAGGAGCUUUUCGUGAUGGAGGAGGAGCUAGCCGUGGCCUCGGAGAAGGCUGAGAAGAUCUUGGUCGAGGUGACGAGGCGCGCGCGGGAGGCCGAGACCAUCAAGACCGAGGUGGAGAAAGUGCGAGACAAGGCCCAGGCGCUCGUCGACGACAUCGCCAAGGACAAAUCCAUCGCCGAGGAGAAGCUGGAGGCUGCGAGGCCGGCGCUGGAGGAGGCCGAGGCGGCGCUCAACACCAUCAAGCCGGCGCAUAUCGCCACAAUCCGCAAACUAGGUCGACCUCCUCACCUCAUCAUGCGAAUCAUGGACUGCGUGUUGCUCCUGUUCCAGCGCCGACUGCAGCCUGUCAAAGCCGACCCCGUGGCUGCCUGCCCCAAGCCCUCUUGGCCCGAUAGUCUCAAGAUGAUGGCCAGCACGACGUUCCUGCUGUCGCUGCAAAACUUCCCGAAGGACACCAUCAACGACGAGGUGGUGGAGCUGCUGGAGCCCUACUUCGACAUGGAGGACUACGACAUGGAGACGGCGAAGAGGGUGUGCGGCGACGUGGCGGGGCUCCUGUCGUGGACGCGCGCCAUGGCCUUCUUCUUCGGGGUCAAUAAGGAGGUCCUGCCGCUAAAGUCCAACCUCGCCCUGCAAGAAGCCCGGCUGCGCGUGGCCAUGGCCGACCUGGAGCGCGCGCAGGCCGAACUGGACGAGAAGGAACGCGAACUGGACGUCGUGCGCGGCCAGUACCAAGUGGCUCUGGCCGAGAAACAGAAGCUGAUCGAUGCCGCUGACGUCUGCAGGAGGAAGAUGCAGGCAGCGGCCACCCUCAUCAACGGCCUGGCUGGGGAGAAAGUUCGCUGGACGGAACAGAGUAAAGCUUUUCGGGAACAGCUGGGCCGCCUGGUGGGCGACGUCCUGGUGACCACGGCCUUCCUCUCGUACGCCGGGCCCUUCAACCAGGAGUACAGAACCAGGAUGACGACCAGCUGGCGGGAAAUGCUCGACACCAGGAAAAUACCUUACACCGCCGCUCUGGAUAUUACAACGUGGCUUGUUGAUAAUGCGACUGUAUCUGAGUGGAACCUGCAAGGCCUCCCUAACGAUGAACUGAGCAUCCAGAACGGCAUCAUAGUGAGCAAGGCUUCCUGCUACCCUCUGCUCAUAGAUCCUCAAGGACAGGGCAAAAUCUGGAUCAAAAAUCGGGAAUCUUCUAAUGAGUUACAGAUUUCUUCGCUGAACCACAAGUACUUCCGCACGCACCUCGAGGACUCCCUGUCUCUCGGGCGUCCGCUGCUGAUCGAGGACGUCGCCGAGGAACUGGACCCCGUCUUGGACAACCUCCUCGAGAGAAACUUCAUCAAGUCAGGGUCGAUAUUGAAGGUUCUCGUCGGCGACAAGGAGUGCGACGUGAUGCCCGGCUUCAUGCUCUACAUCACGACGAAGCUGCCCAACCCCGCCUAUACCCCGGAGAUCUCGGCGAAGACAUCGAUUAUUGACUUCACGGUCACGGUGCACGGCUUGGAAGACCAGUUGUUGGGCCGAGUGAUUCGCACGGAGAAGAGCGACCUGGAGAGCGAGCGCGUGGCUUUGAUCGAGGAGGUAAUGGAGAACAAGAGGAGGAUGAAGGAGCUCGAGGAUAACCUUCUGUAUCGUCUUACUUCGGUCAAGGGAUCCUUGGUGGAUGACGAAGACCUGAUCAUGGUGUUGCAAGACACGAAGUCAACCGCGCAGGACGUGAGCACCAAGUUGCAAAUUGCAUCGGAGACGGAGAGGAAGAUCAACGGCGCUCGGGAGGAGUAUCGUCCUGUGGCAACACGCGGCUCGAUCCUCUAUUUCCUCAUCACCGACAUGGCGGCGGUCAACUGCAUGUACCAGACCUCCCUCAGGCAGUUCCUGGUGCUCUUCGAUAUGUCCAUGACGAAAUCAGACCGCAGCAACACGUCCAAAGGCCGGAUCAACAACAUCAUCAAAUACCUGACGUUGCAAGUGUGGCGGAAUGCCUGUCGGGGCUUCUACGAGAGGCAUAAGUUUCUUUUCACGCUCCUCCUGGCGAUGAAAAUUGAUCUGCAGUCGGGUCACAUCGGGCAUCAUGAGUUUAUGAAGUUUAUUAAGGGCGGAGCUUCCCUGGACCUGAAGGCAGUGCAGCCCAAGCCCUUCCGCUGGAUCCUCGACAUCACGUGGCUCAACCUGGUCGAACUCAGCAAGCUCCCUCAGUUCGUCAACAUCCUCGGCCAGAUAACGGAGAGCGAGCGAGAUUGGAGACAGUGGUUCGAGAAGGAAAAACCCGAGGAGGAGGAGCUGCCUUGUGGGUACUCGCGGUCCCUCGACAUGUUUCGGCAGCUGCUUCUGCUUCGCUCCUGGUGUCCGGAUCGCACGCUGUCUCAGGCCCGCAGAUACAUCCGAAGUUCUCUCGGGGAACAGUUCGCCGACAGUGUUAUCCUGGACCUCGAAUCCACGUGGGAGGAAUCGGACAACCGAAUCCCGUUAGUGUGCUUCCUGUCUCAGGGUUCGGAUCCGUCUGUUCAGAUCGAGACUUUGGCGAAGGCGAAGGAAAUGGAAAUCCGGUCGAUCUCCAUGGGCCAAGGGCAGGAAGCGCACGCUCGCAGGUUGCUGACGGAGGCCAUGACAACCGGGAAGUGGCUCCUGCUGCAGAACUGCCACCUCAGCCUCGACUUCUGCCAGGAAAUGCUCGACACGGUCACCGAGUCGGAGAGCAUCCACAAGACGUUCCGGUUAUGGAUCACCACAGAGUUCCAUCAAUCGUUCCCCAUCGGGUUACUGCAGAUUUCCAUCAAGUUCACCAACGAACCUCCUCAGGGCAUCCGGGCCAGUCUCAAGAGAACGUAUGGAGAUGUCUCACAGGAUCUGCUAGACUACUCCAACGCCCACCAGUGGCCGCGACUCCUCUACGCCACCGCCUUCCUCCACACGGUCGUCCAGGAGCGAAGGAAGUACGGCGCCCUCGGCUGGAACAUUCCCUACGAGUUCAACCAGGCGGACUUCCAAGCCUCCGUGCAGUUCAUCCAGAACCACCUGGAUGAUAUGGACCCGAAGAAGGGCGUGUCUUGGGUUACCCUAUGUUACAUGCUUGGAGAAAUUCAAUAUGGCGGUCGAGUCACGGAGGACUUCGACAAGAGAUUGUUACUCACCUUCCUCCAUGUCUGGUUUAACGAGCGACUUCUGACUUCUGAAUUUAAGUUCUACCAGGGUUACGGUCUGCCUUCGUGCAAAUGCCAAGCGGAGUACCUGGAAUUCAUUAACCUGCUUCCGACCACCGAUUCUCCGGAAGUCUUCGGUCUCCAUCCCAACGCUGACAUUACGUACCAGAUCAACACCGCCAAGAGCAUUUUGGACACCAUCCUAAGCAUGCAGCCGAAGGAGGGGGGCCAGAGAGGGGGUGAGACGAGAGAGGCUGUGGUUUCGAAACUCGCCAACGACAUGAUUGCCAAGCUGCCCAGAGACUACAUUCAACAUGAGAUUCGCGAAGCCCUGCAACGGAUGGGAGCCAUAUUGCCAAUGAACAUCUUUUUACGCCAAGAACUCGACCGGAUGUUGAAGGUCCUGAAGGUCGUGCGACAAACGCUGAACGACCUCCUCCUGGCCAUCGAAGGAACCAUCAUCAUGAGUCCGUCCUUGAAGGAGAUGCUCGAUGCCAUGUACGACGCGAGGAUCCCAGACAAGUGGCGGAAGGUGUCGUGGGAAUCCAGCACCCUUGGCUUCUGGUUCACGGAGCUUCUGGAGAGAGACCUUCAGUUCCGUCGCUGGUACGUCCACGGGCGGCCGAAGGCUUUCUGGAUCACUGGCUUCUUCAACCCGCAAGGCUUCCUGACCGCCAUGAGACAGGAGGUGACGCGCCAACACAAGGGGUGGUCGCUGGACUGCGUCAUUCUGCAGAAUCUCGUGACACGUUUUAACCGCGAGGACAUACACGAGCCACCUCCCGAAGGCGUGUAUGUCUACGGCCUGUUCUUGGAGGGUGCGUCUUGGGACCGAAAACAAGGGAAGCUUAUGGAAUCAAGAGCGAAGGUACUCUAUGAACCAAUGCCAGUGAUCUACUUAUACGCCGUAAAUACCACGAGCGGAAAGGAUCCGAAUCUUUAUGAAUGCCCCAUAUACAGGAAGCCACAACGCACUGAUGCCACUUACAUAGGAUCAAUAGACUUGGAGACCGUGGACUUCCCUCCGUCUCACUGGACUCUUAGAGGCGUCGCGUUGCUCUGUGAUAUCAAAUAAAGACCUUUUUUUAUAAACAUGUUCGUUGCUUAUUAUAUCCGUCCAUCUGAUUGAAAAUAAUAAUUGUGAGUUGAAUUGAUAUGUGUGUAAUUCUGAAUUGGUUGUUGUUUUCUAAGAAUAGAAUCGUAAAGAAUGUAUUUAAACGUCUUAAUAUCAUGAGUAUUUAAUUUCAUCGUAGGUAUUGAACUUACCUAAUUUUAUUCAUAUUCCAUUAGAUAUCAAUGUACUUAAUUUAUUUCAAUAGGCUUCUUAUAAUAUGGAAUGAUAUCAAAUUUUCUAUCAAAGUAGAUAUCGGACAUUAUAGAUUGCGUGUCAAUUCUGCUAAAUACUUAAUGAUAAUUUUGUGUCACGCGUUCGAGUGAAUUAUCUAUUUGAGCAGAUAGAUAAAGUAUCCUGUAACGUCACGACUACAUCCGGCUAUUAAGAGGAAAAUUGACUGAAUUCCAGGAAAACUGCAGCCUUCGGAAUGUCACUUAAAUCAAAUUAAAAUAAGCACUGCCUGUCAGCUCCAGAGUAAAUUAUUUGCUCGUGGUUUGGCAAUAGUAUUGACCGU